GGAAUAUGCUCAACUGAUGACUCCUAUUGAAACGAAAGACCCUGUUUCCAAAGAACCAUGGACAACAAAGGAUGCACCCACCUUCACAUCAGAGCCAGACUUAGAAGUGACACUAAAAGAAGAUCACAAUAGAUUUGAUGACAGCAGAAAUAUUCAGUCAUUGAGAAUCCGUGAGGGUCCUCCAAAUACGUCUGGUAACGUAUCUGUGGCAGCAGAUCCAAGAAGAGAAAGGACAAACAGACAAGCAGCAGAAUCUGCAAAGGAAUACCCACCCUUGAUGAGUACCAACAAAAUGAAGGAUUCUGUUCCAGAUAAAGUGAUCACCAUAAAGGAAGUAGGGAUAGUCCAGUUGGAAGGGCCAGCUGUAAAAUUGACAUCAGAGAGAGAGCCAAAUCGUCAAGAUGGCUUUAAAAGGAAUCCACCAUCGAAUAUUUGUAAGCAAAUUCCAGCGCAGGAUGUUGGCUAUUUAUCAAUAGCUAAACAUCAAAGGGGAGAAAAAAUGGUGCCAUCUCGGGAAAAAGAGUUUUCUAAGAAAUGCCCUCAAUCAAAGCCCACCAUUGUAGAGGAAGAGUCUGUUUCAAAGGAGGCCUGGGAUAUGACUCCGGUGAAAGCAUUUUUAGAAGAUACUUCUAACGACUAUCCGCUAUCAAAGCCUACAGUUGAGAAAAAUGACUAUGUUCCAAAUGAAGUCUCUGAUAUAAAGCAUGGGAAAUGGUUCCAAGAAAAUUGUCCUAAGGAAUAUGUUCAAUUGAAGCUUCCCAUUGAAGAGAGAGAUUCUUUUCCAAGAGAGGCACCACCAGUUGAUCAAGCAAAAUUACACUGUGCAGAUGAGCCUACAUCUGUAAAGAAUUCUAGCAGAAUUACAAGAUGUGUAAGACAAAAUGCAGCAGUGUCUGCAAAAGCGACAUCAGUGGAAGAUCAAAAAUGCCCCGAUGACCAUGAGAAGAAUCAGAGAGCGGCUGCGUUCAAACGACCUCAAACAAAGAACAUUGAAUAUUUAUCCAUGGCUACUGAUAAAAGUAGAGAAAAUUUUGCAGAAGACCAAGAGGAAGCGGAACCAAUUACAAACAUAUCAGAAGGAAAACAAGAAUGGUGUGAUAGCAGACAUACGCAAAGACAGGGCAUUGGCAAUUUAUUUUUGGCUGAAGAUCAAAGGUGUGACAGCAGCAUCCAGGAUGAGGAGGAAGACUUUCCUGAAGAAUAUGUUCAAUUGAAGCCUUUGGAUAAAGAGAAAACUCCUUUUCCACGUGACGCACCAGCAAAGAAGGAAGUAAAAACCUUUGGCACAGAACCAGAUGAAAAUUUGUCAUCAGAGGAAGACCAAGGAUGGCUUGAUGACUGUGAAGAGGAACAUCCAAAGAAUGUGUUUAAGGAGCCUCCGCCAAAGGACACUGUGCAUUUAUCCAUGCCUAAAGAUGAGGGAGGAGUCAAUGUCAUAGGUGUCAGAUGUAGCCAAGGGAAAGGCUUUCCUGCUGAAUAUCCCGAAUUAAAGGUUUCCAUAGAAAAGCAAGAUUUUGUGCCAACUGAAGACUCAAUAUUGAAUCAGGAAAAAUCAUUCUUGGCAGGACCCAAACCUGAACAACUGAGGUGGGAGGAGGAACAGACAGGAUGGCGUGGCAGGGACAAGAAGCAGAGGAAGCAGGCUAUAUUUGAGAGACUUCAACUGAAACGGAAUACUCGAGUGUCAAUAGAUCCCCCCAAAAGUGUAAGAAAUACAAGAGCUGCUGAAGACAGAGGAGCCACAACAGUACAACCAAGGCCACAGGAGGACCAGACAGGAUGGCAUGCCAUUGACAAGAAGCCGCAAAAGCCCGUCUUUGUGCGAGUUCAACGGAGAUGGAGAGCUCGAACGUCCAUGGAACCUGAAAAAAGUGGAGAAGAUACAGGAGCUGCUCAAGAGAAAGCUACACACAUUUAUCUCUCAGGAGCCACAACAGUACAACCAAGGCCACAGGAGGACUGGACAGGAUGGCAUGCCAUUGACAAGAAGCCACAAAAGCCCAUCGCUGAGAGAUUUCAACCAAGGUGGAAUGCUCGAGUGUCUUUGAAUCCUGAAGAAAGUGGAGAAAACAUGGGAGUCGCUGAAGAGAAAGGGUCCACAACGGUACAACCAAGGCCAGAGGAGAACCAGAUGCGAUGGGGUGGCAGUGAGAAGAUGCAGUGGAAGCCCAUCCUUGAGCGGUUCCAACUGAAGUGGAGUGCCCGAGUGUCUGUGGGUCCUGAAAAAAGCAGAAGACACAGAGGAGCUGGUAAAGACAAAGUAGAACCCACUGUACGAGUUUCAUCAGAACAACAUUCAAGAUGUCACAGCAGUGUGAAGAAGCCACAGUUGCAUAUCCUGGAGCGACUUCAGCGAAAGUGGAGUGUUCGUGUAUGUAUGGAGACAAAUCAAAGAAAAGGCAAGACAAAAGCGGCUCAGAUGACAUACUCUUCUGAUGAAUAUCCUGAAUUGAAGACUGCCACUGAGAAGCAAGAUUCGGUACCAGUUGAAGACCCAGAAAUGAAUCAUGAGAUGUCAUCCACGCCAGAAACCGACUUACAAGUGAAAUCAAAGGAAAAGAAACAAACUCAGGCCUAUGAAAAUAUUCAGUCAGUUGAUAUUGGUCAGGUGUCCAUGACUGUGGGUCAAAGAAGCAAAAAUACUGUAAGUGGAGAAGAGGAAGCAGAGUCAGACUUAAACAUGACAUCAGGGGAUGAGCUAAACAGGUGUUAUAGCAGCGAGAGCAAUCAGUCAUUGGUUGAGGAAAAAAUGCAGAAGCCUGAAAGCAAUGGAACAGACAGAGAUGAAUACCCCUCUGCUGCUGCUGCGAGUGCUGCUGGGGUUGCUGGUGCUGCUGCUGGUGCUUCUGUUGGUGCAGCUGCUGCUGGUGGCUCUGCUGUUGUUAUUGGUGGUGGUGCUGCUUCUGGUGCUUCUGGUGGUGCCCCUCCUGGUGUUGUUGGUGGUGCUGGUGGUGUUGCUCCUGCUGCUGGUGGUAGUGGCACUGAUGGUGGUGUUGUUGGUGCUGGUGGUAAUUUUGUUACUGCUGGUGCUGCUGCUGCUGCUGCUCCUGAUGCUGCUCCUACUGCUGCUUCUGCUGCUGCUGCUGCUACAUCUACUGCUGCUGCAUCUGCUGUUGCUUCUGCAAUGGAAGAACUGGUUCUACAGAGAAGAUCUGGUGAAAUUAAUAACCAGAGAUUUCUUACUAAGGAGAAUGCAAGGCAUGAUCGGCCCCGAAAGAAAACAUCUAAGGAAAAACAUAAGGUAACAAAACAAGUCAGAGCUGUGGUUGAUGUAACUCAGUUAUCUGAAUCAGUCUCAGAGGAUGAUUCUGGAAGGCCAUUUAAAAAACAGGGUUCACUUAACUCAGAUCAUGCAUCAAUAGAUCUUAAAAAAGUCAAUGAGCUACCUGGAAAAAGAAAUAAAAAAAUAGAAACCGAGAAGAAUGACCUCAAGAAGGAAAUAUCAGAAACAAGGGAGGAGAAAUCAAAGUUAGAGGAUGAAGUGGUACAGGGGGACGAAGAAUUCUGGAAGCUGAGGUUCACUCUCAGAAAAGAACUUGAGGAGACAAAGAAUAUCCAUUGCAUCUAUGAAAUCAUGAAGAAACAUUUAAAUGAAAAAGAAGAUCAACACAAGGAGAGAGCUGCGGUAGCUCAGCUCGCGACGCAUCUGAGGACACGAGACCGGGAACUGAGGAUUACGAGGGACACCCUGAAGGAGUUGCAAGAAGCACAGGAUCAACACAUAGACGCUAUAAAACUUGCCCAGAAGAUGAAAGAUGACUUACAAAGGGUUGAACAUGAAAAUUCUGAGUUAAAAGUUAAAGUUAAAGAGCAAGCUAAGAAAAUCGAAAAGCUUAGCAGACGUCUGCAGAACUCACGUGAAAGACUGGGACAAAGUUCAAAGCUGACACAGUCAGGAGUUCGAGAAACUUUGGAGGUGUUAUGUAAGAACAACGUUUCCCCAAUGAAUCAGAUAGGAGUCAGAAUCCACAGUCUGCGGUCUGAACCCUCCCAAAGGAAAACUGUACAAGACCCAAAUACAAGCAGCCUGAAAAGUUAUGAGCAACAGUGUAUAGAAGAAUUAAGGAUUAGCAAUGCAUUGUUAUAUGGACUAUACAAUCUCCACAGGAAUAAGAGACUAGAGGAAUCCCGCACCAAAGUUCACAUCACAGUGGAGCAGGACACAUCUCCUCUGAGCACAUCAGAAACAAGGUUUGAUCUCAAAAGCCCUUGUGUGGCAUGCGCUUGCCCUCACCCGUAUGUCUUCCCACGCGAGGCUGGGGUUAUCCCAGGAAACCCAAGGUCUUCCAACUACAGCUCGCAAAGAUGCCACAGGACGACGGAAGAUGAGGAAAAAUCCUUCAAAGAACUUACAGAAUUAAAGCAGACUUUAGAAUAUAAGUUGUAUCACCAGAAGAAGAAAAACGAUGAAAUAGAAAAGGAGAUUAUUGGUGACAUCUCCUGGGACCACAGCAUCUGCACUAAACAUCCAGCUAACUUCUCUUACCAUAGCCUUGGAGAUGUGGCUUCAGCCGAAGCGACAGCCCCUGGUCCAGGUGCCACCAGCGAAGAUGACAAAGCAUUGCCCUUAAUAAUUUCUUUAAUUAAAAAGUAA